CGACGCUCUACGUUCCUUCAGGCUGCAUCCGGCCGCGGCCAGGACCCUGGCUCCCCCUGGGGGUGGCUGAGCGGCGUGCACCAUCCUCCCGGGAGUGGAGGCCCGGGGCAGCAUGACGACCGAGACCUUUGUGAAAGAUAUCAAGCCUGGACUUAAGAAUCUGAACCUCAUCUUCAUUGUGCUAGAGACAGGCCGAGUGACCAAGACAAAAGAUGGACACGAGGUGAGGACCUGCAAAGUAGCAGACAAAACAGGGAGCAUCAAUAUAUCUGUUUGGGAUGAUGUUGGCAACCUGAUCCAGCCUGGGGACAUUAUUCGACUCACCAAGGGGUAUGCUUCAGUUUUUAAAGGCUGUCUGACGCUCUAUACUGGCCGUGGGGGUGAUCUGCAGAAGAUUGGAGAAUUCUGUAUGGUCUAUUCCGAGGUCCCCAACUUCAGUGAGCCAAAUCCUGAGUACAGUGCCCAGCAGCUCCCCAGCAAAACGGUACAGAAUGACAGUUCCUCUGCCACUUCCCAGGCUCCAGCUGGCCCUCCCGCUGUCUCUCCAGCCUCUGAGAGUCAGAAUGGGAACGGCCUAACCACAGCCCCCGGCAGCGGCCCCCACGCGCCCCACGCACCCCCGCAUCCCAUCAGCACCCGGAUUACUCGGAGUCAGCCCAGCCACACGGCCGCCGGCCCUCCGGGCCCCUCCAACCCUGUCAGCAACGGCAAAGAGACGCGGCGGAGCAGCAAGAGAUAGCAGGACGCCCUUCCUUCCUUCUUCCUUGCCCGGGACGGCUCUCAUGCGUCUCCCUGCCAGGGAUUGGCACGGCGGCUUGUGACGGGAGCAUCUUAGCCUCCUGCGGAGGUGGCGCGGGGGUGUCGUCUCUCCCCCUCAGGCCUUAGGCUGCCCCUGCUCGAGUGCGAGCACUUGUGCGCUGCCCCUUCCCUCUGGGCACGCCAGGCCUCCUGCCAUUUUUAGAAACCAGACCUGGGGUGAGUAUUGGGCUUGUGUGCGAUGUGGGGGGGCCGACCUUGCUCCCCCUAAUAAACGCUUACCCCCACCACA